AUGCUCUCGGGUUACGGAGUAUUCAGAGCUUACUAUUUGUAUAUGAAAUUUGAUGCAAAUAUAUCAACAAUUUCCCUUAUUAGAUCAAUGAAUGAUGGAUAAAUAUAUAAACCUUAAGAAUUGGGCUUUGACUUUGCAUUCGGAGUGAGUUCUGAGCUAGACCCAUCGAUUGGGUAUUUCACAGUUAAAUAGAUAGGUUAUUAUGAGACAGAUUAGUUUGAAUUAAAUGGCAAAAAAGUAAUGAAUAAGACUGAAAGGAAUCUGAGAUUGGAUAAAUGCUAAGACAAACAUUUUAAUUUUACUGAUUAAAAAGAGGUAGCUUUGAAAGGAAUAUCUAAGUACCUGUGUGCAAUUGACGAUGAUUAUCAACUUUAAGGCUUUUUCUACUAAUAAAAUUUUGAAUUUGUAGAAAUCAAAUUAUGGAAAUGUCAGAAUUCAUCAAAAUAAGCUGUUAUUUGCCAGGAUAGUAAGAAAAUAGAUGAAUAUUUUGAGAAAGAAACAUUCAAUUUUGCUUUUAUUAAUACUUACUUCGACUUUCAAGAGUAUGAUAGUGGUAAAAUCAUCAAGAAAUAUAUCGACGACUCAUUUUUAUUUGAAUUGGAAGCUUAAAAGAUAAAGAAAUUGAACUUUUAUAUAUAACUUUAAGAAGCUGAGACUUAGGAUAGUUAUAUAUAAUUUGGCUAAUAUGAAUCAUACAAAUUUCAUCAAAUAUCUAAUGAAAGAACUUACGAUGAUGGCUACUCUGAUUCAGAAGGUUAUAUUGCUGUUGUAUACAUGAGAUUUGAUAUGAAAUACGAUUUAUACAACAGAAAAAUUUAUUCUUUAUUAGAAUACUUGGGAGACAUGGGUGGACUUUAUAGAUCAAUGAUUUCAAUUGGUUUUGUUAUUGUUGGCUAGAUUAUUAAACGCAUGUUUUUCAGCGAUAUAAUGCAUAAAAUAUAUUAAAUAAGAACAACAUCAAUUGAAAUUGAUGAUGAUCACUAGAGAGGCAAGAAAUAAUCCCCAAUAUCACAUAAUGAAGGUAAAUUACAUAAUAAUUAAAAUGCUAUUAAACAUGAUGACAUUGAGGCAGUUCCAUCAGGGCCUUUUUAAUAGACUUUUUCUAAUUUAUUCAAGUAAAAUAUUCUUGAGACAAGUUCUGAAUCUUCUGACUCUGAUAAUAAUGAUAUGGAUACAUUGAGUUUAAUGGAACAUAAAAAUCCGAUGAUAAGAUUAGUUACUUAUGGGAAAUUGAAAAAAAUGAUGCAAUCUUUCGAGGGGAAAAAACUUUAAACUUUGGAGAGCAAUCUUAUAAGAGGAGUCUUUAAAAGAAAAUUAAAAGAUUGGGAAGAAAAAAUAAAGAAGGAAAAUUCUAAGAUGACACUCCUAUAAAGGCUUUAGUCUACUAGUCCAAUGGAUGCAUAGUUAAAAUAGAAAGAUUAGAAAAGAGACAAUAAGGAUAAGAAGGCUUAGAAAUAAAUUAAUUUAGACAUCAUCUAGACUCAAGUCACAAGUGAAAAUGAAAACAUGACUCUGAAAAAAUUAGUGAAGAAGCGUAGAGCGAGAGUCAAUUUAUGA